AUGUCAUCCUCGGAAACCGAUCUCGCGACGAGUGGCGAAGAAGUACCGGAGGUUCCUGCCCCCAAGAAGCGCAGAGCACCUCGAGCAUGCGAUAGCUGCAAACGGAAGAAGGCCCGGUGUGAUGGAGCACAGCGGCCAGGAGGCCAGUGUUCGAAUUGUAUCAACUCAAGGAGUGAAUGUACAUAUCUAAUUAUCAACAAGAAAAGGGGCCCUCUGAAAGCAUACGUCGAAACACUGGAAACGCGUUUGGAAAAGAUGGAACAGUUGCUACAGCAACACCUCCCAGACUCACAAUCGUCUCAAGGAGAAUCAAGCACAGAGCGCCGUGGCUCCCGACCGGCUGAUGAUACAUUCGCAUUCCAACCUUCAAACAUGGGCCCACCCAGGGAUUGGACCCCUUCAAACGGCUCACCCUCCGUUGAUGAGAUGCAGUACUCCGCCGUCGACCAAGAGCUAAACUCAAGUGACGACGAAUAUCAGUACAGCGCUCUACUCUCUGAAAGACUCACAAAUAUGUCACUCGAUCAGCAGUUCCCAAACCGGUUCAUCGGCAAAUCAAGCGGUGUCAACCUCUAUCGGACUGCUCUUGAUCUCAAAUCAGAAUAUGCGGGAGAAGCUACAGACGCAGGACACCGGCCCAACAGGCGGCCAGAGUUCUGGUCAGUAUUUUCGUUCGAGCGACAUGCGCUGGAAUGUCAUCCCUACCCGUCCGACUUUCCUGCCCGAGACCUACUUCGUUCUCUCGUCCACCUCUACUUCAAGCAUGUCAACGUCUUCACAUCACUUCUGCAUUGGCCCACUUUCUUUAAAGCUAUAGAUGACAACCUCCAUCUGCGCGAUGACGGCUUCCGCCAAGUGGUUCUUCUCGUUUGCGCCAAUGGAUCUCGCUUCUCAGAAGACCCGCGAGUUCUCGUCAAUGAUUCCUGGCAUUCCGCUGGAUGGAAAUGGUUUUCUCAGGUUGACAUGUUGCGAAAGUCGUGGUUGGCUCCGAAUCCGCCAUCUCUAUACGACCUUCAAAUGCACUGUCUAGCUGUGACAUUUGUGCAGAAUUCUUCUGUUCCGCAAGCAUGUUGGAAUAUGAUCAGAAAUGGCAUAGGACUUGCCAUGGACGUCGGAGCCCAUCGCCGGAAGGUCUAUCGCACGAAGCCUACUAUCGAGGAUGAGCUUUGGAAACGUGCCUUCUGGGGUCUCGUAGCUCAAGAUAGGGCCGUCAGCUCAGGGCUUGGACGCCCUUGCGCAAUACAGGAAGAGGACUUGGACCUUGAUAUGCCAACAAACUGUGACGAUGAGUACUGGACACACCCUGAUCCCGCACAGGCUUUUAAGCAACCCGCCACGAGGCCGUCUACUUUGGCCUACUUCAAUCUUCUACUCAAACUGGUGCAAAUACAUGCGCUGGCAUUGCGAACGAUAUACUCGAGCAGGAAGUCUAAAGCCGCUCUUGGGUUCGUCGGUCCGGAAUGGGAACAGAAAACGGUCGCGCAGCUUGAGUCUGCUUUGCAGAGAUGGACCGAUACUGUCCCCGAUUAUCUUCGUUGGAAUCCAACAAACGAGAAUCGCAUAUUCUUCGUGCAAUCCGCAGCCUUAUACUGCAGCUACUAUCAACUUCAGAUCCUCAUUCACCGGCCAUUUAUCAUCUCUCACAACAACACUUCUCCCGCAUCAUUUUCUUCCUUCGCUCUAUGCAUGAAUGCGGCCCGGUCAUGCAUUCAUAUUGUCGACAUCGCUCACAGGCGAGCAGGGUUCCUGCCCGUAACUUUCUUCCAACAUCCGGCGUUCACGGCAGCCGUAGUCCUAUUGUUGAAUAUAUUUCGCUCGAAACGUGUCGGCUUGACCAUCGACACUGUGAAUGAGAUGAAAGAAGUACAUGCGGCUAUGCGUGUUCUCAAAGCAGACGAAAACAGAUGGCUUGCUUUAGGCCGGGCACGUGAUCUUCUAUCAGAGUUGGCCUCUGUGGGCGAUAAAGUAGUGGAAUCGAAAGCUGCGUCGUUGAAGCGAAGACGAGACUCCGACGGCCUUCCUGUGCACAGUAGUACCGGAUUUGGCCAUCUCGACGAAAGGGACGCCUCUGAUAUGCUGGACGCUGGACGACAACAUCCUCAAGAAGGUGGCGCCAUCGUGGACGAUUUUCUUUGUCAAGCCAUACCCCAUCUCGUGUCAGAGCAAACGGCACCUCUAUUGUCUUCACCAUCAGCGCCACAACCCUCGACUGGCACGCAGCUGAGUGCGGAUCUAUUUCUGUGCCCUUCAGUCACGCCCAACGAUCUUCCCGAAGCAUCGGGCAAUUUGGUCGACUCAAAUGUUUGGCCUUGGGGCGCCAACUCCCAAGAUGGGAUGGAAAGAACAACGCAGGCCUUGGAGAGCUUUGGAUCUUUCAACUUCUUUGACCUCGACGCCCCCCAAACAAAUGAUGCUACUUUGUCGCACGGAAAAGAAGCUCCCCCUCCCCUCUCCGCAACCAUAGAGGACACGCCAGAUACACUUAUGAGUCAAAAUGACCUCUUCUACCUUCCAGUUGGGGGUCACACCGCCGCCUCUUCAAGUGUUCAGACCCGACGUCCUUCUUCAGGCACUGAAAGUGGUCCAUCAAUACUAAGCCCUUCUACGGUCAGUCCGGGAAGGAUCGACACCGAGGAAGGGCGUAUGAUGGAUAUGUGGACCAAUGUACCUUCCGGUUUCGAGGGGGCGGACUGGGACGCAUACAUCACCAAUAUGAUUAGUAUGAGCGGGGUACCAUCGCAGAGUUCACCUGACGGCCCUCACGAGGCUGCCUAG